GCGGAGUUUUGCUCUCUCAACCAAACUUGACCACGGAGGAGGAGGCGUGGCGGCCAAUAGGCGCGUGACUUGUCCGGAUCUGGCCACUGGGAGUUCACAGAAUCCGCAUAUCCUGGGGCGGGGCUAGAGCGCGGACCAAUGACGGGAGGGCGGCGGCGCCAUCAAGGUAGGCUGUACCGUGGCUGGAAGUUACUGUGCGGCGGCGGCUAAGAAGGCGGCUGUGGUGGCGGCGGCGGUGGCUGAGGCCGUAGCUGAGGCGGCGACGGAGGGAACAGAAGAUGGCAGAUUUUUUGAAAGGACUGCCCGUCUACAACAAAAGCAAUUUUAGUCGAUUUCAUGCCGACUCUGUGUGUAAAGCCUCGAAUCGACGCCCCUCAGUCUACCUGCCCACGCGGGAGUACCCGUCCGAACAGAUCAUUGUGACAGAAAAAACAAACAUUCUUUUGCGCUAUCUACAUCAGCAAUGGGACAAAAAGAAUGCUGCCAAGAAGAGAGACCAGGAGCAAGUGGACCUCGAGGGUGAGAGCUCGGCGCCCCCCCGCAAGGUUGCACGGACCGACAGCCCAGACAUGCACGAGGACACUUAAAACACACUCCCCCAUAGGUGCCUCCUGUCUUGUCUGCUCCUCACCCACCUGCCGUGUGUAAGCGCCCUGCCCACCCCGCCGGCCCACCCACACCCCGCCAUGCACACCACUUCCAUCCUCAUAGGAGCCGAUGUAUUUAUUUUCCUUGAGUCUUUAUUUAUGCUGUAAAAUGUACCGAGCGAUGGUUAAAGGGGACGUCAGACCCAGUAGUGUGAUGUUGGUAGAUGCUUCUUACAAAACAACAUUGUUAUCACCCCCUCCAGAUCCCCUCUUUCUGCCCCCCAGUCCUCCGGAGAACCAGAGCGUGUCUGUGAGGGUCUAGCGACAGGCCAGGCCUCGGCUGGGCGGCUGGGGUGGGACCGUUCUCCCCGCUCCCACUCCACUGGUCUGGCCUUAAACACUUGGCCUUGACUUGAGUUCCACCGAGACCUAUUCUGUGCUCUGACCUUGCUCUGAGCUGGCACCACUGGGAGAAGUCGGCCCUUCUGGAUCUUUCUCUUGUCAUUUUAUCAUGGACUUGUUCGUGCUCCAUGUCCACCCCAAUAAAAGGAUCUUUCCUAUUUGA